UUCCCUUUAACAUGUACCCAUAAAACCCAAAAAAAAAAAAAAAUCAAAGACCCAAUCUCUAGAUGACAAUCCUUCUCCAAACUUCUUAACAAUAUAUUAUUUCUAGAUAAAAAAAAAAAGAAUCCUUUUUUACUUUUUGAACACUCUGUUACAAUGGCAGAGAAACUAGAACAAAGUCUUUUAUCUACAGAGACCACGGAUGAAGAGGAGAAGGGCAUGAUUGUUGACAAAACUCAGACUUCGCAGAUGGGUUUUCCAUCAGAGAGCGAAGAGAUCAUCAGAGAGAUGAUGGAGAAGGAGAAGCAGCAUUUGCCAAGUGAUGACUACAUCAAGAGACUCAGAAGUGGAGAUUUGGAUUUGAAUGUCAGAAGAAGAGAUGCCCUUAACUGGAUUUGGAAGGCUAGUGAAGAACACCAGUUUGGACCUCUGUGUGUUUGCUUAUCAGUGAACUACUUGGAUCGGUUCUUGUCGGACCAUGAUUUCCCUAAUAAUUGCAAAGCUUGGACAAUGCAGCUGUUGGCUGUGGCUUGUUUAUCUUUGGCAGCUAAACUUGAAGAAACUGAAGUACCAGUGUUAAUAGAUCUUCAGGUUGGAGAUCCUCAGUUUGUGUUUGAGGCUAAGUCAGUCCAAAGAAUGGAACUUUUGGUGUUGAAUAGAUUGGAAUGGAGAUUGAGAGCGAUAACUCCAUGCUCAUACAUAAGAUAUUUCCUGAGAAAGAUGAGUAAAUUUGAUCAAGAGCCAUCAAACAUGUUGAUAUCCAGAUCACUACAAGUGAUAGCCAGCAAAACCAAAGGUAUUGGCUUUUUGGAGUUUAGACCUUCUGAAGUUGCUGCUGCAGUGGCACUUUCUGUUUCUGGAGAAUUGCACACAGUUCACUUUGACAACUCUCCUCUUUUCUCACUACUUCAAAAGGAGAGAGUGAAGAAGAUUGGGGAAAUGAUCGAGAGUGAUGGCUCAGGCUUGUGUUCACAAACACCAAAUGGAGUUUUAGAAGUAUCAGCUUGUUGUUUCAAGACAUGAUUCUUCUUCUUCUUCCUUCCAAACACAAUCUUUCCUAGAUUUCUCUGUUUUUUAUUUAGAAAUUUGUUAUUAUUAUUAUUCUGUGUGAUAAUAGGAAAGAGGUUGAAAAAGAAAAAUAAUCGUAGCAAAAUUUUAAAUAAAAGAACAAUAUUUCUGUUCCAAUAUUGUAAUUUAUGAUA